AUGGAAGCACGGGUUUGUAGAGCUUUUGAGUUGUCUCGGUGGCUGGAAAGGCACUACCCAACAAAGUCGAAUCGGUGGACACCAUCGCGAAUUGGCAUCGCUGACCGCAGGGAUGGUAACGGUGGUGGCGUCGCCGACGAAAAGACACCUCGAACAAGACGCCGCGAUGCGAGGCGCGCAGCUCUUCGAAGUCAGAAAUGUGGGCGCCAUCCAACUGGGGCGACCGCCGCCGAGCUCAACCACAGCCCCGAGUCGUGGUCCGCCCAUCAAAUCGCGAGACACUUCCAGCACAUUACCGGUGAAGAGGCAAAAAGAAUUUCCAGCCUGAUUGAAUCUUGGCAGCUGGGGGAUAGACAGCGUCUGCUGGAUACUUCUCUGUCCCUGAGCAAGCUGAAUGCGCUCGGUGGCGCUGUGGGGAACCAGCGGGCCCCCCCACCGCGACCGCCCGAGACCUACCGGCAGCAGCUGCAGCCACAGAACAAAUCGAAUUCUACUCAAAGCGACCAACCAAAGCGGGACUUCAGGGAGGCCUCAAAAACGCCCAAGUUAGAUUCCUCGAAGUUUACUGCGUUUUGGAGACGCCAGGAGGUGAGGAAACACGAAGGCGGCGCGAGGCGAAGAGGCAGUCGGGAGGACGAGAAACACGAACUGAUCGAAACCGCGGCCGAGCUGAAGUGGCUCAUUGCAGAAAAUAGCCGUCUCUUGGCAGACCUCUGCAACGAAGAGAAGUGGAUUUGGACGAGUGCACUUUCCGAUCGGCAAAUCACAGACAGUGUUGUUGUCCAUGCAAACUUCUCUACAACGCACUGGCAGGAACCAAGGUGUCUGCCUCAUUUGACAGGCGAUAAACUCACCGAGUAUUCGUGGAAGAACGAUAUGACGACACAGCAAGUGCCCUGUCACGAAACUUACUGGGCGGCUACCCUCCGACUGCAUUCCGGAGUGCGGAGCGGGUCACAUGACAGAGCCUCUGACAGUGAUCACCCGGUCGAUAACCUGUCAGAGUCCAGUCAACUUCUCAGAGGCCACGUCAAUUCCUCUGUCCGUCACCUCCAAGACGAGAACUCCUCCAAGUACCUCCGAUCCGACGAGUUCCGUGCACGAGCAUUGGUCACUGAAGCAAGUCCCGCUCGUGGCAACCGAUCACUUUGGCUCAUCAGAGAACAACACGGUUUGUUCAAGCGAAAGAACCACGGCAACACAAGCGCUCUUCGACAGCCACCUUUCAUCGACCUCUCAUCAGCAGUCAACGAACGACGAACAAUUAGAGAUUUCAUCGACGACGCAGCCUCAGACAGAGGGCCGCGUCGUCCGGAACAAUUACGAGAUGAUGCACAGAUUUGGCGAACCAAAGGCGGGCUGCCAGAAAAUUCACAACGGAAGGGCAGGCACGGCAUCGCCAACACCACUUCCAAAGUACCACAGCCGCUGGUCCGAGUCUCCAACAGUUGUAAGUUGUUCCUCAUUUUGACAUUUCGAACUUUGGCAUGA